GUGUUUGUGUGUGUGUGCUUGAGAGAGCUUGAUUGCGAGAGCAAUGAUUUCAUUGUGCAUAGCUUCUAAUAACCACAGGGAGGCGACAAAGUUCUAUAUAGACUAUUGUAGUACAUGGGGGACUUUUAUUUUGAAGGCUGAAGGAAUAAAUUGACCCGGAAGUGAUUCGUGAAGCUACAGUUCAACAACAUGAAUACAUUUUAAAUAGAGCACUUCGAGAAAAAGAAGUUUAACUACAACAGGUAGCUAUAGACGGAUACAUUGGAAUUAUGCCAUUAGCUUAGUACAGUGGUUCCCAACCAGGGGUACUAGGAGCCCUGGCUUACUUUGCCUAUCCACAGGGGGUACUUGAGUAGACUCAUGAGACCAUAGGCUUUUACUGGCAAAAUGCACAUAUGGGGGGGUAACAUAUGGGGGUACUUCAGGAGUACACUACUCUGGGCAGAGCAACAUUUUGUUGGUGGUACAAUAACCGCAAAAGGUUGGGAACCACUGGCUUAGUAAACUUGCUAGCUAGUUACACGUUGAUGUAUCUUAUCAGCCACAAUCUAGCAAGCUAGCAGUCCUUGACAGUCAAUGAAUUAAUGCAUGCUAGCUUAGCAAUGCUAGGUUAAUCUGCUAUUAAACAAUUUUAGCUAUCUAGCUAGCGUUAGUUAAAGUGAUAUAAAACGUUAUGUUAUAUUAUCACAAUUUAAUCAUCACACUCGUGAUGCUGAAUUGGAUUCUUAGCUAAUCUACUAGUAGCUAGCUAAAUGAAUUGCCAAUAGCCAUAAGCAGCUCUUGCUGCUUAGCGGGUUUGCUUGAAUAUCUGUUUUAUUAUUUAAACUUUUUCGAAGGUUCACAUCCCGGGCCGCAAUGGCGCACAUAACAAUCAACCAGUAUCUCCAACAGGUAGUCAUUUUUCUAUUUUAUCUUACUGGUUAUCAAGUGAACCCUUCAGUCUGCUUCCUUCGCAUAAACUUUCAUUUAGCUAUUCUUUGUGUUCACAAUGUUCAGCACUAGUCGCGCAUGCUCAGUUCACACCAUGUUACCUACCUCUUCCCAGGUGUGUGAGGCCAUUGAUAAUCAUGAGGGGAGCUUUUGUGCAGAACUGCUGUCAUUCAAACACCCACAUGUGGCUAACCCACGUCUCCAGGUAAGGCUAUACAGGCUGCCAGAACCUUCCAUGCCUUCAAGUCCUGCUGACCUGUUACACUUGUAUCUCUUCAGAUUACACCCUCUGUGUUUUGCUCUAACAACAUGACUGUAUGUAUGUCUGCAGCUCGCCAGUCCAGAGGAGAAGUGCCAACAGGUGCUGGAGGUCCCGUACGAUGAGAUGGUUGCAGCACACUUGAGGUGCACCUAUGCAGUGUCCAACCACGACUUUGUUGAGGCGUACAAAUGUCAGACAUUGGUGGUUCAAUAUCCUUUUGGCAUUUCUGGAGAUUACUUUGGAUACAUUUUCUCAUCACUCCCCGUCCCUGCCUGACAAAUAUAUACAGUGAGGGAAAAAAGUAUUUUAUCCCCUGCUGAUUUUGUAUGUUUGCCCACUGACAAAGACAUGAUCAGUCUAUAAUUUUAAUGGUAGGUUUAUUUGAACAGUGAGAGACAGAAUAACAACAACAAAAUCCAGAAAAACGCAUGUCAACAAUUUUAUAAAUUGAUUUGCAUUUUAAUGAGGGAAAUAAGUAUUUGACCUCUCUGCAAAACAUGACUUAGUACUUGGUGGCAAAACCCUUGUUGGCAAUCACAGAGGUCAGACGUUUCUUGUAGUUGGCCACCAGGUUUGCACACAUCUCAGGAGGGAUUCUGUCCCACUCCUCUUUGCAGAUCUUCUCCAAGUCAUUAAGGUUUCGAGGCUGACGUUUGGCAACUCGAACCUUCAGCUCCCUCCACAGACUUUCUAUGGGAUUAAGGUCUGGAGACUGGCUAGGCCACUCCAGGACCUUAAUGUGCUUCUUCUUGAGCCACUCCUUUGUUGCCUUGGUCGUGUGUUUUGGGUCAUUGUCAUGCUGGAAUACCCAUCCAUGACCCAUUUUCAAUGCCCUGGCUGAGGGAAGGAGGUUCUCACCCAAGAUUUGACGGUACAUGGCCCCGUCCAUCGUCCCUUUGAUGCGGUGAAGUUGUCCUGUCCCCUUAGCAGAACCCCCCCCCCCCAAAGCAUAAUGUUUCCACCUCCAUGUUUGACGGUGGGGAUGGUGUUCUUGGGGUCAUAGGCAGCAUUCCUCCUCCUCUAAACACGGCGAGUUGAGUUGAUGCCAAAGAGCUCGAUUUUGGUCUAUCUGACCACAACACUUUCACCCAGUUCUCCUCUGAAUCAUUCAGAUGUUCAUUGGCAAACUUCAGACCUGCCUGUAUAUGUGCUUUCUUGAGCAGGGGGACCUUGCGGGCGCUGCAGGAUUUCAGUCCUUCACGGCGUGGUGUGUUACCAAUUGUUUUCUUGGUGACUAUGGUCCCAGCUGCCUUGAGAUAAUUGACAAGAUCCUCCCGUGUAGUUCUGGGCUGAUUCUUCACCGUUCUCAUGAUCAUUGCAACUCCACGAGGUGAGAUUGACAGUUAUUUUGUGUUUCUUCCAUUUGCGAAUAAUCACACCAACUCUUGUCACCUUCUCACCAAGCUGCUUGGCGAUGGUCUUGUAGCCCAUUCCAGCCUUGUGUAGGUCUACAAUCUUGUCCCUGACAUCCUUAGAGAGCUCUUUGGUCUUGGCCAUGGUGGAGAGUUUGGAAUCUGAUUGAUUGCUUCUGUGGACAGGUGUCUUUUAUACAGGUAACAAGCUGAGAUUAGGAGCGCUCCCUUUAAGAGUGUGCUCCUAAUCUCAGCUCGAUACCUGUAUAAAAGACACCUGGGAGCCAGGAAUCUUUCUGAUUGAGAGGGGGUCAAAUACCUAUUUCCCUCAUUAAAAUGCAAAUCAAUUUAUAUCAUUUUUGACAUGCGUUUUUCUGGAUUUCUUUGUUAUUCUGUCUCUCACUGUUCAAAUAAACCUAGCAUUAAAAUUAUAGACUGAUCAUUUCUUUGUCAGUGGGCAAACGUACAAAAUCAGCAGGGAAUCAAAUAAUUUUUUCCCUCACUGUACAUGUACAUGGGCUUAUUAGGGUUGCAAAAAUUCCAGAAACUUUCAAUAAAUUUCCUGGUUUUCCAGAAAUCCUGUUUGGAGGAUACCGGAUUUCAUACUUAUUCCCUCCUGAUUCCAGGGAACCUCCAACUGGGAUUUUGGCAAAACCAGGGAAUUUAUUUAAAGUUCGCAGAAUUGUACAACCCUACAUAGGCUACGUACUCAAGCACAUACUGUAGACUAGUACAUUUCCAAACUGUUCUGUCAUGGUUUCUCUGCGGUUCCUCCUUGACUUUCUACGUCAUUCUUGAGGGCCUUCCAAUCUCACAAAGAGGAGAACUGGUAAGGAUAAGCAUGCCAAAAAAUAUCAAUUUGCCCUUAAUGUUUUUCUAUUCUACAUAUACACGUCUGUGGGAUAACUGCUCUAUAUGUGCUGUUUAGGGCCUUGCCAGUGAUGUUCGCUGUUACGCUGGACUUACGGAUAUUUGCCAAUAAUGUAAGUGAACAUAAACAGUUGUGCUCUAGAAUGCUUCUGAUCCAGUGAUGGAUAAGUCAUGUCCUAUAGGAGGGGUUUGAUGAUUGUAGUGUUAUUGUCCAGGCGGAGCAGCAGCUCCUGAGGAAGGGAAAAGGCAAGCUGGGAGACAUGCUGGAGAAAGCUGCUGAACAACUGAUGGGCUGUUUCAGAGUGUGUGCCAGCGACAAGUGAGUCUCACAGGACAUGGACACUAUUGACAGCAUAUUAAACUAUAUAUCUCACAGCAUUGGACACUAUUGACAGCAUAUUAAACUAUAUAUCUCACAGCAUUGGACACUAUUGACAGCAUAUUAAACUAUAUAUCUCACAGCAUUGGACACUAUUGACAGCAUAUUAAACUAUAUAUCUUACAGCAUUGGACACUAUUGACAGCAUAUUAAAACUAUAUAUCUCACAGCAUUGGACACUAUUGACAGCAUAUUAAACUAUAUAUCUUACAGCAUUGGACACUAUUGACAGCAUAUUAAACUAUAUAUCUCACAGCAUUGGACACCAUUGACAGCAUAUUAAACUAUAUAUCUUACAGCAUUGGACACUAUUGACAGCAUAUUAAACUAUAUAUCUCACAGCAUUGGACACUAUUGACAGCAUAUUAAACUAUAUAUCUCACAGCAUUGGACACCAUUGACAGCAUAUUAUACUAUAUAUCUCACAGCAUUGGACACUAUUGACAGCAUAUUAAACUAUAUAUCUUACAGCAUUGGACACUAUUGACAGCAUAUUAAACUAUAUAUCUCACAGCAUUGGACACUAUUGACAGCAUAUUAAACUAUAUAUCUCACAGCAUUGGACACCAUUGACAGCAUGUUAAACUAUAUAUCUUACAGCAUUGGACACUAUUGACAGCAUAUUAAACUAUAUAUCUCACAGCAUUGGACACCAUUGACAGCAUAUUAAACUAUAUAUCUUAUAGCAUUGGACACUAUUGACAGCAUAUUAAACUAUAUAUCUUACAGCAUUGGACACUAUUGACAGCAUAUUAAACUAUAUAUCUCACAGCAUUGGACACCAUUGACAGCAUGUUAAACUAUAUAUCUUACAGCAUUGGACACUAUUGACAGCAUAUUAAACUAUAUAUCUCACAGCAUUGGACACUAUUGACAGCAUAUUAAACUAUAUAUCUUACAGCAUUGGACACUAUUGACAGCAUAUUAAACUAUAUAUCUCACAGCAUUGGACACUAUUGACAGCAUAUUAAACUAUAUAUCUCACAGCAUUGGACACUAUUGACAGCAUAUUAAACUAUACAUCUUAUAGCAUUGGACACUAUUGACAGCAUAUUAAACUAUAUAUCUUACAGCAUUGGACACUAUUGACAGCAUAUUAAACUAUAUAUCUUAUAGCAUUGGACACCAUUGACAGCAUAUUAAACUAUAUAUCUUAUAGCUUUGGACACUAUUGACAGCAUAUUAAACUAUAUAUCUCACAGCAUUGAACACUAUUGACAGCAUAUUAAACUAUAUAUCUCACAGCAUUGGACACUAUUGACAGCAUAUUAAACUAUACAUCUUAUAGCAUUGGACACUAUUGACAGCAUAUUAAACUAUAUAUCUUAUAGCAUUGGACACCAUUGACAGCAUAUUAAACUAUAUAUCUUAUAGCAUUGGACACUAUUGACAGCAUAUUAAACUAUAUAUCUCACAGCAUUGGACACUAUUGACAGCAUAUUAAACUAUAUAUCUUAUAGCAUUGGACACUAUUGACAGCAUAUUAAACUAUAUAUAUUACAGCAUUGGACACUAUUGACAGCAUAUUAAACUAUAUAUCUCACAGCAUUGGACACCAUUGACAGCAUAUUAAACUAUAUAUCUCACAGCAUUGGACACCAUUGACAGCAUAUUAAACUAUAUAUCUCACAGCAUUGGACACCAUUGACAGCAUAUUAAACUAUAUAUAUUACAGCAUUGGACACUAUUGACAGCAUAUUAAACUAUAUAUCUUACAGCCUUUACUGUAGCAACCAUAGCCCCUUACCCAUUAUGUCUUGACUGUUAUCGUUUACAGUCGGGCUGGUAUUGACGACUCCAAGAAGUGGGGGAUGUUGUUUCUCAUCAAUCAGCUCUUCAAGAUAUACUUCAAGGUAAGGCAGUAGUGUGAAUAGGGCCUACUUCGUGUGUGUGUAUGUGUGUACAUCUCUGUGUGUCUAAAUGGUUCUGUGUGUCCAGAUCAACAAGCUACACCUGUGUAAGCCACUGAUCCGGGCCAUCGACAGCUCCAACCUGAAGGAUGAUUACAGUAUGGCCCAGAGAGUCACCUACAAAUACUACGUAGGCCGUAAGGCCAUGUUCGACAGCGACUACAAACCAGCCGAGGAGUACCUGUCCUUCUCCUUCCAGCACUGCCACCGCUCCAGCCAGAGGAACAAACGCAUGAUCCUCAUCUACCUACUGCCUGUCAAGAUGUUGCUGGUGAGACAGAGCUUUACUGAGAGAGCCUUAACAUGUGCUCAUCUAGCCACACACGUCUCAAUUCAAAUCAAAUUCAAAAAGCUUGAUUGUCAAUCAGAGACUGAGACUGGUGUUGCUCAUGUUGUUUCAGGGUCACAUGCCUAAUCACCAGCUGCUCAGGAAGUAUGACCUCAUGCAGUUUGCCGACGUCACGAAAGCUGUGAGGUGAGUCACCACCCUCCCGCUCCUCGCCAUCUCUCUCUCUACUUCCUCCUCUCUCUUUCUAUCAUUCAUCUCUCUCUCUGUCUGUCUGUCUCUCUGUCUGUCUGUCUGUGUAACAGUGAGGGCAACCUGCUGCUGCUGAACGAGGCCUUGGCCAAGCACGAGACCUUCUUCAUCCGCUGUGGCAUCUUCCUCAUCCUCGAGAAGCUCAAGAUCAUCACCUACCGGAACCUCUUCAAGAAAGUGUGAGUCUUGUACAAUUUUCACACUACUGAGCCAAGUCCAGCUGUACUGGGCUGGCCUGGUUACACAUCCAUCAUAGUUGCUGGAACCGCACUGAAAGGUCAGUGUGAAAAUAAAUGAUCUGAGCCAGCACAGUACGAUUCAGGUUCAGCCCUAUAGUGUGAAUCUGCAUUGGUGGAGUAGGAAUUGGUGUGUGUGUGUUAACCUAAGAGCGAUUUUGACUCUUUGUUAACAUGUUUGUGGUAUGAACUUCAUGUGUGUUAACCUAAGAGCGAUAUUGACUCUUUGUUAACGUGUUUGUGGUAUGAACUUCAUGUGUGUUAACCUAAGAGCGAUUUUGACUCUUUGUUAACGUGUUUGUGGUAUGAACUUCAUGUGUGUUAACCUAUGAGCGAUAUUGACUCUUUGUUAACAUGUUUGUGGUAUGAACUUCAUGUGUGUUAACCUAAGAGCGAAAUUGACUCUUUGUUAACAUGUUUGUGUAAGGUACCAGCUGCUGAAGACUCACCAGUUACCCCUAGAUGCCUUCCUGGUAGCUCUAAAAAUGAUGCAGGUGGAAGAGGUGGACAUUGACGAGGUGCAGUGUAUCCUGGCCAACCUAAUCUGUGAGGUGAGAUACCACCACUAACACACACACACACACUGACCUUUUUCUCUGACCAUACUAAGCACUACACCUGAUAUUUCAGAAAGUCGUAAGACAUGAAGCAGCAGAUUACCUCUCUUCUUGUUCCUCUUCUAGGGUCACAUCAAGGGCUACAUCUCUCACCAGCACCAGAAACUGGUCGUCAGCAAGGCCAAUCCAUUCCCCCUGCUGUCAUCAUCUUCCUAAUCUACGUAUCCCAGAAUCCCCUUCACCCAGAAAAUGUUCCCAGAAAUAUAUUUCCUUAUUAUUUAGGUUGCAUUUUAUUUUGUCAUAUUUUGUGAUUUGGAAUAAAAGUGAUUGUUUGUACUCCUUGUACAACAUUUUUGUUUAUUAAGGAAGUGUGGGAGAUUAAUAAUUGUAUAUAAUUAUAGUACACGUUACAAUAUAACUACACUCAUUUACAUUGUUAACCUUGCAGAAACAACUUCAAUCUUGAACGCAGCCCUGUUGGCUUUAAGUCCAGUGCAGGUAGGGAUCAGGCUAACCCUAGGUUGGGGUUACCCCAUAAGGUCCAGGUGGAUCUUGGGUAAUUUGUGGUGUCAUCCUCACCUCUGUCAUGUCCAGGUGCUGCUGGAUCCAGUGCAAGUAGCGAGACAGCUUUGUGAACACCAGGGUUUGUCCACAGUCAUGUGAUGUGGGUGGUGAAAGGAGCAGGCCUGUGAGGAACGCUGUAUGCCUCUCCACAGUCACAACGGGGGUCCCGGACAAGAGGCUGCGGUUCCUCGUUAGUCCUGGUUUGAGGUCUGUCUCAUUAAACCUAGUCAACUCAGUCCGACAGAAGCCCUUCUGGCGACCCAUACAGAACAUCUUGUUACUGAGCAGCUGGGAGAAGUUCACCUGGUUUCGACAGCCCUCCACAUGCAGGUAGGAGAGAACAGGGUGGCCGUGGGAUUCCCCCCGGAGUUUGUCCGGACCCCUGGCCACCCCCUCCCUUCCUGGACUCAUCAACACAUUCUCACAGAAAUCCUUAGUGGGCAGGCACAGGUGGGAGACAGAGGGGCCGAAGGGGAGGGGCUCAUUUAGUCUCACCAAGGCCAGGUCGUCCUCCAGACUGCCCCUCUUGUGGCGGUUGUGAAUGUACAGUUGGGUCGAUAGAGGGAUCCUCACACUAUUAUUUGAGGCACCUUAGGGGAUGAAGGAAACUGUUAGAUUUCAGAAAGAUUUGAAUCUGCCUGAGCUGGAGGUUUAUACACUAACCAUAUCAAACCUCAGUGUUUUGAUCGCUGUGGGACUCACCUGUCUGCAUGCUGUGGAGUUUCUUUCCCAUGUACAGGCAGCUAGCUGAUGUCAGGACUGCGUGAGGCCCUAGGAUCACCCCGCUACACAGCUCCGCACCAGCCUCAUCCACAAACACCACCUGCCAAUCACAAAGCCACAGGUUAAAAGGGGAAGUUCAAUAUUUCACAACUUAAUGUUCCUCACCUUGAAAGUAGUCUAUAGGCCAGGAGAAACUGUAAUCCAUGGUCCCAAACUUCCCCUUUAACUCACCUUGCUCUACGUUGUGCUGGUAGGGGAGGGACUUACUUGCCAUGGACAGCGGUUGUGUGGACAGACGUGAUAGGCUAUGUUUAUUUGGUUUGUUGGCUGGAGUCUUCCACAGGGGUGCUUAACUAAGGAAACAGAGACGUCUCUAUAUAAAGUGUGUGUGAGAGCGGGAGUGUUGCAGAUGUCUAAUUCAAAAGAAUAGGUAGACGUUAACCUGCAGGUAUGCAGCUCCUCUUAUCACUGUGAAUCUUGUACCCCGUGGUGCAGGAGCACUGGUAUGCUCCAAACUUGGGACUGCAGAAGUGGUCACAGGAAAAGGGCCCCUUGGUGGGGCACUGAGAGUUAUCUGUUGUGACACACAAACAUAUCUCUUAGCCUACUCACACAACUAUGAACACACGCAUGCACGCACACACACUCAUAAAGAGUUCUAAGGUAGGUGUUCUGUUGACCUAUUUCACAGUUCUUGCCGUGGUACAGCUCUGUGCAGCUACAGGUGUAACCUCCAACGCCGUCCUUGCAGCUGCCGCCAUGGAGACAGGGAUUGGGUUUGCACUGGUCCCCAUCUGGGGAGGAGGA